CAUGAAUAAUGUGAUGUAACACUGCAUAAAGAGUACUAAUCUUUGAUGCUUGAAAUAUAUUAGCUGAUAAUAACUUGGUAUUUUUACUGAUGCAAACUGUUGAAUGCAGGAUAAUGGCAUAUUUUAUGUUGUGGUAUUGCUACGUCUGCCUCUGAUCAUUUGAAUACUUCCUCCAUAGUGUGACACUGUACAGUUGGCAUGAUGCAACCUGCUUGUACAGUAUGAGAGUCUUUGCGGUCCUCCUGAGCUCUGAGUGGUGCUGUCUCGCCGCCGUCGCCUUGUGAAAACUGCCUUCCAUUGCAUUUCUCCACCAGCGGACUAACCAGGCCCCUCGCAGCCGCUACACGGUGGCCCCGAGCCGGGCUGAUUCCCCCUUCAGACCCGGUAGGUGUGACGGUGGUGGUACACCAGAGAACGACGGGCACCAUAAUCCCCCCUGGCUGCUGGAUUCACGGACUGCUCCGCGGGAAAAGCCCGAGAUGUGAUGAAAUCCUAAUCAAAGUGCGACACACACACAAGCCCAUGCACAUCAUAAACGGGCCUGCCUUGCAGCGCAACUUUGCGUUUUUGCCUCUCUGCAGGGGCUAAAGGCAAAGAAUCAGAGGUGAGGCUGCUGAAAUUAUUGUCUCGGGGACGGUUACGCGCACUUCGCAGCAGCCCCUGCGCUGUCAGACGAGGAAGUGAAGCUUCAUACACGCCCAUUUCAGCCUGUCGACCCUGCUAAAAAGCCCAGACCCGCUCAUCAGAUAACACCAACAGACUUUAUAGACAUGCGGUCACUUUUGGAUGGACGACACCGGGAAUAAUCUGCAGAACGACGCCAAUUUCAGUGGUGUGCUGAGGUGUUGAAGGAUGGACAGGGAGCUGGUUCGUCAGAGCCAAUCAGAACACGGCGAGGCCACCAAUGGAACCAGCCCUCAGACUUCCCCCACCACACCCGACCCCUCCACCCCUACAACCCCCACCCCUCCCCGGCUCACCCCCAACCCCAUGCUCCUGGACUCCCCUGCCCCCACGCUGACGCCCACCACCUCCUCCCCUCCUCCCCCUCUCACCCCUGCUCCCUCCGUAUCCGCAGCCCAUGUCCCGAAGGUGGCAGCAGCUACAGCCGGUGCUCCAUCUCCCCACAUCCUCGUCCCUGCUCCCCCUAAACUCACCUCCACUGCAACCCCUGCCCUCCGAACAUACUCUCGUCCAAUUCUUCCCUCCCCAACAGGCGUGUCCAAAACAUCUCCUACCACACAAACCACCUCCUCUCUUCUCCCUCCUUCCUCCUCCUCCUCCUCCUCUUCCUCUUCCUCUCCUUCUGUAGCCAGCACCACCGCGCCCCUCCUCUCUUCUUCUACUUCUACAACGCACAGCAGCACCACCAUGUCAACCAAGGCCUCUACUAGCCUGACCAAUGGGAACACAAGGCCUGUAUCCACGCCGACCUCCACACCAAUCACGCCCUUUCACACACCAGCCAGUCCACCUGGCAGACAGGUAUCACAGGCUCAUCCUGUGGGCACACCUGGUCUUGUGCGAGCCAAUCAGAGCCCCUCACCUGUCAGGCAGAGGGUAUCCCAGCAGACAUUGCUCCUGGGGAAAGGUCUCAAAGGGUCUGGCCAAGAUCAGGUGCUGCUCAGAGCUCAGAUGUUGAUUCUUACGUCUGCUAUGCGACCUGCCCUGUCCUCCUCCUCUUCCUCCUCCUCUUCCUCCUCUCCUCCUUCCUCUAACCCUGCCUCCGCUCAGCUCCAGAGUCUCACCCUGAGGCCUCCUCCCCCUGGGGCCCUCACCAUCCCCCCCUCCCUCCGCCUCAAGCCCCCCUCCUCAGCUCCGCCUCCCCUCUCUCGCCCUCACGCCCCACUCUUUCCCCCUCUCAGGCCGCGUCCGCAGCCGACCACCACGGCAACGGAGAGUACGAACACGCCCAGCCGCCACCUCUCCGUCCCACCUCCAACUCUUUACUCUCCAGUUCGAGCCGUCCCUCUGAGACCCAGACUUCAUUCUCCAAACGGUCACAGAGUGACGUCACCACGUCAAUCCUCAACCCUCCAACCAAUCGCUGCUGCCCCCACCUGUCAGGCCUCCCCUGUCAGCAGGCCGCUGGCCGGACCGAAGAGCUGUCCGUUAACUCAAGCUAUGCUUGGGCCCUCGAGCCAAUCCCUGCACAGCUCGUUACCUGUGACCAACCCCGUGUCUGCCUCCUCCCAUUUCGAGCGCUCGCCGUCUGCAGCAAGGCAGCUACAAAUCAUUGCCCUCUCCUCGGGCCGCCAGACGCAACCUUGCACGUACACCCACACUGUGCAGUCAGCACCUCCUGUUGUAGAGUCGCCUGAGCUGUCCGGCCAAUCAAAGAGGACGUUGAGCAAUGAAGACGUGCUUCCUCUUCCUCUAAACCCCUCGUUGCCAAAAAACACCUCUCCCCUGCCCUCGCCUCCAUCUCUCCUGAGUCCAGCAUCCCCUUCGAGUCAGGCCGGUCCUCAAACACAAACUCUGAUGCAGAAAGGAGAGGGGAAGGAAAGCGAAGAGCAGCGGGAGAGAGGACGAGGGGUGAGACAAGGAGUCAGAGAGGAGGGGAGCGCUGGUAAAGAGCUGAGGGUGGAGAGAGAUGACCAAAGAGAGAAGGUGAAGGAGGAGAAACAGAGACUUCUACCUGAAAAAGAAGAAACCCUCAUCAGUGAGAAGGAACAGGAAGUGAAAACAGACAGAGAAGAACAAAUGGAGGUGACAGAGGAAGGCCAGACGGCAGAAAGAGGCGAGGACAAAAAGAUGGAGGUGGAAGAGGAAGGAGAGACCACCAUGGACCAGUCUGAGAACCUGACCAGUCAGAUUCUCCACCAGUACCAGAACACAGAUCCUGUCCCGAUACCUGAUGCUGUUAAAGACUCCAGCGUGGAACCCAAACCCGUCCUGGGUCUCAUUCCAGCCUCAGUAACAGUCCCAGUCCCAGUCCCAGUCCCAGUCCCAGUCCCAGCUCCAGUUCCAGAGGUCUCUGUCCAAAGUCAGAGGCUAGCAGAGUCUCAGCUGCAGCCUGUCAGCCAGGAGGACUUCUGUGAGAACAUGUCGACGCAGUCUGACAACCAGUCAGCGUUGUCCAGCCUCUCCUCCCAGUCACCCCCUUCCUCACCCUUCAUCACCCCCUCAGCAGAAAACCCUCCCCCACUCCUCCCUGCUCAGACCGCCCUCCCGACCGACCUCAGCCUAUCACAGCAUGAGACAGAGAAGGCUGACAACAAAGUGGUUAGUGAGUCACAGCAGCUGGCUGAAGCUGAAACUGAGACAGAGCCCCUCAGCCAAUCGGGAGACGAGUCGGAGAGCUUCGGUCAAUCGCAGAGCAGCCCCUGGGAGCCGAGGGCAUGGCCUGAGGGGCGACAGGUUCUGACUCACCUGGUGGAGGGAUUCGUCAUCCAGGAGGGGCUCCAACCAUUUCCUGUGAACCGCUCGUCGCUGCUGGUUCCAGAGCAGGUGACCAAACCAGAGGAAGUGAACGGGACCAAUGGGAGUCCGGUGUUGCCUGUGAUGGACACAACAAAACAAGCUGAGCACUCCACUGAGUCAGAGGGGGAGGAGGCCGGAGACACAGAUGACCCUACCAACAGGUCGGCCCACAGGGACAGGACGGUGCUGCACUGCCAGUUCUGUGGGAAGAGAGGCCAUGCACACAACUUCAUGCGGUCCAAACGCUUCUGCUCCACUUCCUGUGCACGCGGGUUUAAUGUUCGUCUGACGAAGCGUCUGCGGGCUCUGAGUGCAGGUAGUCGGUCAGAGAGGCCUCGCCCAGCCCUGAACAGGGCCGAGUCCGUUCCUGGGAAGCCUCUCUUACUACGACUGCCUCGUGAUCUCUGGAGUGCUGGGCGGCGUGAGAAGGAGGGGAAGGAGAAGGCAGCGGCGGCAGAGGAGGAGGAAGAGGAGGACAUGGAGGGAAGAGGGGAGGAGGAAGAUGAUGACGACGGGGAGGAGGAUCCUGCUGUUGCCAUGACAGCCAGGAUGGAGCGCCGGGCAGCGCGGAGAGCGAGGAGGGCGUCUGCACCUGCAUUGACCACCUCUACACCCACGACCACAUUCAAACCGGCACCCUCCCAGUGGAGUGUGGAGGAAGUAACUGCCUUCAUACACACACUGCCAGGCUGCAGCGAUGUGGCCGAGGCUUUUCGGCUGCAGGAGAUCGAUGGUCAAGCUCUGCUGCUGCUGACUGAGGACCACCUGAUGACCAGCAUGAAUAUCAAACUGGGGCCGGCUCUCAAGAUAUGCGCUCACAUCAACGCACUGAAAAACCAAUGAGAGAGUGAAAAAAAACAGACUAAUACAAAGGAAAAAGAGAGAGUCGGGGUGUGAUGAGGAAGGCAAACUGACAACAAAGAUGCUGGAGAAGAGAUGAAUGGAAUAAAUUAGAGGAGAAGAGAAAGGAGGAAGUUUUCAUGAAAAACAAAAGCUGACACCAAGGAUGACAGAACAAAGUCACAAAAAGAGAUUCACGGUAAUUUAUGAGAUUAUAAAUCGAGGUGUGGCCUUAGGAGACGGGAACAGAAGCGAGAAGACACCAGAGUCCAGAGGAAAUUUCAUCCGUUUUAGGCCCUCUGACUGUAGCAGGAGACCAGGGGGGAUUUUUGUAACUUUGUGUACAUUUUACAUGCCGCUGGAGAGUGUAAAUUUGAGCUAUUUCAUGAAGGAUUUUGAACAUUUAAUAUAUAAAAUUUGUCUAUUUAGUUUUUUUAGAACGUGACGUCAACGACAAAUCUAUCCAGUAGCUAACAUAACCGGUGUGUGUAAAAAAAAUAAUAACAAUACGUAGACUUUGUAAGUGAUUAAUGAAAGUUUAAUGUUUUAUAUCACUAUAUUCUGGACAAAAACAUGUCUGUGGAUUAAAAAAAAGUCACUAUCAGGGUAGAGACUGGUGUCUUUAAUCGUCACAUUUUUAUGGUAUCAUGCUUGAAAUUAUUUAAUAAAUGAAUAAUUAAUC